AUGGCGUUGAGUUUGAAUGACCUAAUUGGUCUUAAAACAAUCGCCUUUUUUUUACUUUUAUUUCUCUUAGCAGUUGUUCCUACAAUUGUUAGGUUUUUAAUUUUGGUGAUUAGCACAAAAAAUAAUCCAGAAAGCAGGGUUUUAGCCAAAUGCAUGACAUAUAUGGAUUCGUGUGUAAGGGCUAUAGAUAUAGUUAAAAGACGGAACUUUCCGAGGUGUUUCAAGUACAAACACUUGAUGGUUUUGGAAAUUCUAUCUGAUGUGAGGAUUUUACUUUACCAGAAGAUGGCUAUUUACGAGUUGAUAAAGGUCCACCGCUUCUUGACGCUUGGCUUAAUCCUCAUGGUUCGUUACGACUUAAUUAUCAUUUGGUAUCACCUAAGGUUGUUCUUUUUUAAGGGUUUAGUGAAAAGAAAUCCAAAAAUCGGCAACGAUAUACCACCCAUUCACGUAAUAAAGGUCACAAACCGUUCGGAUGAAUCUGACUCAACUGGAGCCUAUGAUGCCAACGUCAGUGCCAACGGUGUUGCUGAGUGCGUCGAAGACAGCCCCUGUGAGUGCAACAGUGACAUAAUAACAGCCGAAGAUGAAAUUGAACAGCCCAGCGAUGAAGUUGCAGAGGUUCUGGUAACUCAGCCCAAAAACGAUGUCAAGUCCGAGAACGAAGGCAUUACUAACCACAGUGACAGCUGUAACGAGGUUGUAGCAGAUAUCCCAGUUGAUGACAACAAUGACAGCUGUAACGAGGUUGUAGCAGAUAUCCCAGUUGAUGACAACAAUGACAGCUGUAACGAGGUUGUAGCAGAUAUCCCAGUUGAUGACAACAAUGACAGCUGUAACGAGGUUGUAGCAGAUAUCCCAGUUGAUGAGAAGGCUAUCACUACCGAUAAGUUAGAGAAUGAAGCCAACGAGGAAGAUGACUUGCAGGGAGGCAAUGUAGACAGUGGAGCUAUCAAGGCGGCUGAUUGCAACAGUGGCGCCGACACCAAUGUUAACAUUGGAUGCAACUGUCGUACUACUACCAUAGAUACAAGUGUUUCAUUGGACCAGGGCAAAAACUCCAACAGUAACAUCGAUGGCUCUGAGGAUUCUCGUAUAAACAUUUCAAUCAAUCUCAAUAAAGACAAUCUAAAUAUUAGAAUCUUUAAUAAGAACAUUAAUAUUAACAUUUGCAAGGACGACAGUGCUUCUGGUAACGUUAACAACGAUGACAAGAGCGGGUGCCAAAUUGACGACGUGCGUAGCGAUAAAAUUGUUAACAGGAAUAUCCAACAGUGUUCCGAAGAAAUCGCAAAUCUUACCACCGACGUUACGGCUGAACCCAUAAACGAGUUUGAAACAGCCACAAAUAUCACCACCGAGGUCACAAGGGUGCCGGAAACCAUUACAAAUAUCACCCAUGAGGCUAAAACCGAACCUAUCAAGCGGGACGAAACCAGUCCAAAAAUCACCAGUGAAGUCACCAAAGAGGAUGAAGUCGUUACAAACAUCUGCAGUGAAACGACCGAUACCAUUGAAGCUUUCACAAACAUAACCGCAGAUACCACUGAGGCUAUAACCGAAACCAACAGGGACGCUGAGCCCAUUACAAACGCCGAGACGGAAGUUAUAAGGGAUAUUAUUACCGAUACCACUGAAGUCGUAUCUGAAGUAGCCAAAGAGACCGAAACCAUUACAAGUUCCAACACUGAGGCUACAACUCAGCCUACGAGGGAGGAUACAACAAUUGCAAGCGCCGAUGCAGAAGUCACAACUCAGCCUACAGAGGACAAUACCAUUGCCAAUACCACAACCGAGACCACUGAAGCCAUAGCAGAAACCACAAACGAGGAUUCAACAACUACGAGUGCCACCGCGGAGGCCAUGGCCGAGACCAAGGAGGACAAGCCCAUUACAAGUUCGACCAGGGCAGAAAUAGCUGAGGUUACCAAGGAGCCCGAAUACAUCAAUACAACAGACGUAUACCGUCCCAACUUCAAGUUCAUCCCGGACAAGAACAGGAAGGUGAGUCAGAGGAGCAUCGAUAAUUUCGGAAAGGCCUUCGUGAGGGGCGUCAAGUACCAGUGUCGCCAGCAAAGCUUCUUUAGCGGCGAAGCUUACUUCAGAGGGGGCUACCACAACCCAAACUCGGCGGAAUCUAAGACCAUAGAUGAAAUAUUCAAGAUGAUAUUCCCCAACUACAAACGUGGAGGCCAUGAGGACGAUGGGCAGAAGCAUGUAGUCUCGGGGUCCGACAAAGCUGAGGACAUCCCUGCGAUUGCGGAAGUACCUGAAAACGGCAUCGGCGACCAGCAGAAUGACGAGGCAGUGGUCGAUGAGCCAGGCACUAACGAGCUAGGAACCGAAGAGCAGUUAGCUGCUAAGGACCUAGGAACCGAAGAGCAGGUAGGUGCUAAGGAAUUGAACGCCGAGGAAAUAGCCGCCAAGGAGCUAGGAGCCGAGGAGCAGGUAGCCAUUAACGAGCUAGGAGUCGAGGAGCAGGUAGCCAUUAACGAGCUGGAGAGCGAGGAGUCUCUCACUGAGGUCAGCGAACCUGAAACCAAAAGGUUCAACGACCGCAGGGACUCUGAGAGCAACGACGGCAGCGAGAUGGAGUUCGGCUACAACCCCAAGAACAUCUUCGACUGCUACGAGAACUUCCGCGCCGAGUACUUCAAGGGCGACCCCAAGUACGACUACAUUUACUACUCGGACAGCGAGUACGAGUACAACCACAGGGCUGACCGCCAGAAGAAGAAGCAGCCCAGGUUCCACAAGAAGAGGGACGACAGCCACCUGAAGAGCGAGCUCGGCGCUCUCGCCGUCGUGCGUAGGCUCCAAAAGCUUCGCAACGCCACCCUGGACCAGUAUCCUUGCGGCUACAUUCGCAUUGGCACUCGCUACGUCCACUUCACCGAGAUCGAGAAAAAUAUUAAGAAGGGCAGCAGGCACUUCCAGCAGUUUUCCGUAAGGCUCCCCAGUGACUCCGAGUGA